AAAUUCAGAAGCCGCUUGGCAAGCAUCAGAGUCGGUAGCGUGUAUACUACUACCACAGCAGCAGCAGCAGCAGCAGCUGUGCCACCCACGCGAACGCAGAGGGACUUUGUAACUCGCAGUGCAUUUCGGGAUAGUGUGAUAUAUACAGUGCGAGGGAGAGAAAUACUCACACACGCAGACGUGCAGAGAGAAACACAGCCCAACCCGCCGCCCACGAGACACAGUUUAGCGCGCACCCAUACAUAUACGUACGGCGAGAGUGCGACGAUAGCAGAUAGCAAGUGUGUUAGUGUGUGUGUAAGUGUGUUGUUAUAAACGCGUACAUGCGCAAAUCGGCCGAGUAAUUUGCACCGCACGCGAGAUAAUAUUUUCUUCCUACUAGUGCUGCGAGUUUUUUUUUUCUGCUUCUUCGAGCGACGAAAAAAGGCUGAGCCUUUUCCUCGUGUGAUGAUCAGAGCUGUUCGACGAGCAAAGAAGAAAAGUGAUUGUUUUUUUUAUUAAAAAGUGAAACAAAAGUGAAUCGUAACAAAAUAUUUCCUCGACGAGGAAAUAUACGAGAAAAAGUUGAUCAAAAUUACCACGACGACGAGAAAAGAUACCACCGCCAACAUGCGCCUGACCGAUAACAGUCCGUCGGGCAAGCAGCAGCAGCAGCAGCAGCAAAGUAAUCAACAGAUACCGAACGGGAUGGAGGCCUACUACAACUCGGUGUGCGACGCGUUGCGCGUCUGUCACGGCGAUCUCGUGCACACCGGCAGUCCGGCGAUACUCUGCACGCCACUGCCCAAUCAUUGGCGCUCGAACAAAUCGCUGCCGAUCGCCUUCAAGGUGGUGGCACUGGACGACAUUUGCGACGGCACCGUGGUCACCAUCAGCGCCGGCAACGACGAGAAUUUUUGCGGAGAGUUGAGAAACGCCACGGCGGUGAUGAAGAAUCAGGUGGCGAAGUUCAACGAUUUGAGAUUCGUCGGCAGAAGCGGUAGAGGAAAAUCAUUCAGCCUGACGAUACAGAUCCAGUGUGUGCCGUUCCAGAUAGCCACCUACCAGAAGGCCAUCAAAGUGACCGUCGACGGUCCCCGCGAGCCCAGAUCAAAGUCGAGCUAUCAUCUGGGCACGGGCUUUCCACCCAUGGGCUACCUCGGUCCCUGGUUCGAGAGCGCCUACUUCAACCUCGGAUGGAGCCUGCCCCAUCCGUCACUCGCCACAAAAGGAUCGAUGGGCCUACCGACGAAUCCCGCGGAGGCUUACCCGGGCGCGUACCUGACGCAUCUGGUCUCGCCGCAGACGACGACGGGUCACCCGCCGCAUCCGACGACACCGCCUCAGCUGCCGUACGGCGCGAUCCCGGGCUAUCCACUCGCGAAGCCGUCGUCCACGUCGCCCGUGUCCGAUCCUGCGGUGCAGCCGAUCGCGACGCGUCUGAGCGUGAGUCCGAGCUCCCUGCACACCGUCCGCCACGCCGCCUCCAUCGGCAAACUGUCGCCGCUCGGCGAGUCGAAGCAGCAGCCGCAGGCCCAGCCGACGAAUCAUCAUCAUCAACCACAUCAGCCGAGGAAGAUCCUAAAGACCGAGAGCAUCGGUCAGCCGAGCCUGAGUCCCGCGGUCAACACUCCGCCGCGCACGCCCGACAACAAUUCGGCGGGCAGCGACAGCGAGACCAGCUGCAACGAGGAGAUUCGCUCGGCUUUCGCGCCCAUAAGGCCCACGGCGAUUCGAGGCUCCUCGAUAUCCCCCGAGCAGCGGCGCGAUCUCGAUUACUCGUACUUGAAGAAGAUACACAGCAGCAAGGUCGAGGGCUCGAGGAACGAUCUGAAGGCGCCGACGAGUCUGAUAUCGCGAAAGCAGUCGUCGCAUCAUCAUCACCACGCGAGUCCGAAGAUCACCGCGAUGACGCCGGCGGCCAAGCCCGUCUGGAGGCCCUACUAGGGUCACGCCGCAGCCUCGUGCAUCAUCGAAACCAAACUACUCACAGUAUUUUCCUCCUCAUUAGCCGCCGCCGCUGCUGCUGCUAGUGCACAGAUGCGACAGAUCCGGUGCAGAGACUUGCGUUAGAAAAGUCUCGGAAGUGUACAUAGAUAUUAUAGAGAUAUAUAGAGGUGAAAGGCGUGGAUCGGAAUAUAUAUUACGGUUAUAUAUCGAUGGUAUUAUCUCCUUCUCUCUCUCUCUCUCUCUCCUUCGUAAUAGUGAUGAGGAUCGGCGAGACUUGGCGACUAAAUUCUCGUAUUAGUUCAUAAUGGAUAUUCGUAAACUUUGUAAAAAAAAAAAAAACGUUGUACAAAUUGAAUUUAGAAAUUUAAGGAAACAAAGUGUGAUAAUAGCGUGUAUAGUAGUUGUGUCUAUAUUAGGAUCGUAAGGCUGUCUCUGUAAAAUAUUUCCCUCUCUCUCCCCCCCACCGCUAACCUACCUGAUGAUCUCCUCCCACUUUCACCUCUCGUCUCGUUUCGUGUAUACGGCAACUUGUAUACAUAACGAGAUCGAGAGUCUUGUACAGAAGAAAAAAAAUUGCCGGAACGAUCGGAAAUCAAAGUGAAAAUAUAACUUCGAUCGUUCCUUGGCCCCCCUCCCCCUCCCUUGGCAUAAAAUUAGUUAUAUAUCUGAAAACUGUACAUAAUAUGUGUAUAACUUUUAGCAGAUUAUAUCUAUAUUAUCUGUCUGUACAAUACGAUGUGAAAAAAAAUUUAAUGAAAAAAAAAACCAAAAUACAA